AUGUACACUAAACAAAGAAGAAUGACUUCAUCAAUUAUAAUUACAAAACAACAACAACAUACUCAUGAGCAACAUCAUCAUCGUCAGCUGACAAAGGGUGUCACAGCAACAACAGCAGCAGAGCAACAAGAUAAACAUUCAAAUGUUGAACAUCAUCAUAAUAAUAAUGAACAAACAGAGAUGAAGGAGCAUCAAUUGUCGGCGGACAACUUUAAAGAGCAUCCAUCUUCAACAUCAUCAACAUCUAAAUCAUCAUCAUCAUAUAACUUUACAUUAUAUCCAAUAUCAGAGAAUACAAAGGGUGCAUUAGCAGUUGUACUAUAUGGUUCUGUCAGUCUAUGUCAAACAAUAUUUAACAAGAAGGUUAUGACUACUUAUAACUUUGAAGCAUCUAAUCUAUUGUUAUUCUGUCAGAUGGUUGUGUCAUUGGUCAUUCUACACUUCCUCAAAUACAUGAGGGUUCUAAACAUUCAAACAUCCAUUGACUUUAAUAUUAUCAAAAAGUUGGCACCAUUAUCAUUCUGUUAUAUUAUUAAUGUAUUACUUGGAUUGGAUUCAUUGAAAGCAUUGAAUAUACCAAUGUAUAGCGCGUUAAAGAGGUUGGUGGCAGUGAUCAUUUUGGUGAUGGAGUACUUCAUUUUGAAAAAGAUCUCUCCAACUAGAGUUAUAUUGUCCGUCUGUGUAAUGGUACUUGGUGCAAUAGUGGCCGGUGUAACAGAUCUAUCAUUCAACGCAUUUGGCUACACGCUGGUGCUGACCAGUUGCUUCUUCCAGGCCACCUACUUGGUGUUUGUGAAGAAGACUGCGCGCGACAUGUCCACCAACGACCCCGCCUUCCUCUGGUACUUCACAUUGUCCAUCUUUAUUGGAUUCCUGUUGAACUUUUGCAUAUUCUUUUGCACCAGUGUCAACUCAGCACUGACCACCUCGGUCACUGGACAGAUCAAGAACAUUGCCUCAACAAUCAUUGGUGCCAUGGUCUUCAAGGACAUUAUCAUACAUCCCAUCAACAUAUUGGGACUGUUCAUCAACAUGGUUGGUAGCAUAUGGUACUCUGCCCUCAAGCUAUCAGGU